CCUAUCGGUGUAAUAACUCACUCCGACUGCACGUAUGUUCUCAUCAACGGCGUAAAUUGCCAAACUCGUUGUGACAAAAUAUGGUAUUAGAAGUAUCAUAUGCCACCUCAAAUGGAUGAAUAUAAGGAAAAAAUGCUUGGAAAUGUGCUAAUGUUGACCACCAUACAAAAUUUCCUUCUCCACACUUCUAGCGCUCAUCGAUUAGUAAAUUAGUUAGUGCGCAUGUUUUUGCGUGGCGACUUGUGGGAAAAGCGGAAGCGCUUCAAUCGUCUGGUACAUGAGAAGACACUGUCGAAGUAGAGCCUCACCGACUUCAAACAAAAUAUCUCCUCCAGUAAAGUCUGCAGUUGACACAAAGGAGGCUGUGAGGAAAGAAGAGCAACAAGUACCCAAGAAUUCGAAACGUGAAAAGACUGAUAUUAAGACAACAAAGAAGGCCUCAGAUUCCAAAUGUCAGCAGGGAAAAGACGAAAUAUUAGAAGGCCCCUGUGCUUCCAAGAAAAGAAAAUUAAUGGGGUACUCGGAGAAAAAAUGCAAAAAAGAGGAAAAAAUAAAGACAGAUGAAACAAACAUCAAAGAUAGGCUGCUUAUGGCUGAACAAUUGAAUGAAGAUGAAAAUAAAUGUUCUAGAACAGAAAUAGAUACGACUGAAGAAGGAAUGAAUCAUGAAGGGAGUAAAGAAUUAAAUUCAAAAGCUGUAAAGGUAAAGAAACCAUUGCUGCCUGUUCGCUCUCUGAGUGAUGUAGAGUAUGAAGAGAUAUUCAGAAAUGCUAUCAACAGAGUCAUGAACACACCGUUGGAUGAAUUGAUGGUCUCUACCCGGAAACGAGACUACAGCUCAAAUUUGUGUGGUCAGAGGGAGGAUGACAAACAGACAACAGAACUGAAGAAAGUCAAAUGCCCAGCCAUCAAACAUAAAGUGGCUUCAGUUGCUAAGCUUAAGAAACAGGAUUCAGAGCCAGUAACAAAAGUCAGACAACCUCUCAUUAAGAAGACCAGUAAGUUGGAGGGUGGGGUCAGGAAGUCAGGUGGUGGCAGUAAAUCAGGUGGUGGCAGUAAAUCAGAGGGAGAUGGUGGCGGUGAUGUCUGUAAAAGCCCAUCAACUCCAGAUGAGACUGCAGAUAUUGUAGCAGACAUGGGAAGUUGCACUGAAGACAACAAGGAAAAUGUGCCAUACCGAAUGAAACAGAAGAGUGCUCAAGAAAAGAAGCAGAGGAAGGCAUUAAAGGAAAAUAAAUGUAUAGAUAAAACCAAGGACAAGGAAACAAAAUUCAAAUGCUCUUUGAAUGUGAAAGCAAGACCCCCAGAGUCUACUAAGACUAUAGAACCCUCACAGUCUACAACUUCACGGGCUACAAAGGCUCAGGACCCAAAGCAUGCCCACUGCUUAGUCAAGAAAAAAAUCUUCAAGAAGUCAAAUGCACAGUUGGAAAUGAAUGACGGAAUUGAGAUAAAUCCAAAAACAAAAGUCACUAAGACAGAUAGAAAACCAGAAGUAAUAGUUGAUCGUAAAAAAAGAAUGAUGGAACGAGAUGUUUUUCAGUAUGGAACUUGGGUGCAGUGCUGUAACAGAUCUUGCAAGAAAUGGAGAUUCCUCUCAGAAGUGCAUGAUCCAUCAGAACUCCCAGAAAGCUGGUUCUGUAGCAUGAAUAAAGAUGAGGAUUACAAUGAUUGUGAUAAAGCUGAGCAGGAGUAUGAGGAGGAGGAACAUAUUUACACACCCUACACAGAGGGAACAGUGGUGUGGGCCAAGAUGUCGGGAUUUCCAUGGUGGCCAGCCAUGAUUGAAAUGGAUCCAGACAGUGAAUAUUUUUUUGAAUUGGAGAAUCCGGCAAGCAUGUUUCCAAGCCAUUACCAUGUGGUGUUCUUUGAUGACAGAGUGUCAAGGGCUUGGCUGAGGACAUCGUGUGUUCAACCAUUCAUUGGAAAAGAAAAUCUGAAUUCUUUGGUCUCCAAUAAGAAAAACAAAAUUACAAGCUACAAAACAGAGAUAGCUGCAGCUAAAGUGAAGGCUUGUCAGGCUCUUCAAAUGGACCUUCCUGAAAGACUUCAGAUGUAUAGCUUCUGUAAAAGAUAUACAGGCAAAUGGGGAAAGGAUGAGUGUAGCUCAAAGAAACAUGAGAAGAAAACUUUGAAGAUAAAGACUAUGAAAAAGUCAAAAGAUGGGCAUGGUGGAAAGAAGACCUUACAGGAAGUGUCUGAUGGGAGUGAAGUGGAGGUGAUGAAUGAUACAACAGUGGAAGACCUCCUGAACAACCCCAGUUCUCUCCUUAGUAGUCUGGAAAAUGUGUUAGAAAGUCUAGGGAGCUUGACUGAUGAGUCGGACUUUGUGUUAUCAGGUGAUGAGGAGAUGGAAGAUGACAACUCUGACGAAGACAACAAUGAAAACGUUAACGUGUCUCUUGGGGAAGGAACAAGGAAAUCUAGGAGGCUAGACAGUAACAGCAAGAAGAGUCCAGAGAAACGGGACACCUUAACUACAACUGAUGGUGAGGAGAGGGUCCAACUCGGCGAAUGUAUCAAUACAAACACUCAGCAGAAGCCUAAUCCUGACAGUCUACACAACCAAUCUAGCCCAGAUAGGGAAAGUGAAGCAAUUAGUCAUCCAUGUAGCCUACACAGUCAGUCUGAUAAUGAGACUCCCACUGAUUACAACGCAUGUGCAGGACCCCACAGACAACUUGAACUAGACCCUGAUGUGUUCACAAUGGACAUGGACUCUGAUGAGGAAACCACAAGUGUGGACGAUGUCAAACCCUUAAUACAGAAGGAGCAGAAUCAGCAAGAAAACUCAAGUUCUGUUCAGAGGAAGAAUAUGAAUACUGAUGUCAGGAAAAAAUCAGGAAAAUUGAAAAGUUCUCAAAAAUCUAAAUGUGAUCAACAUGAUGAUAAUGUAAGUCAUAAGAAUGAGACAAGUCAAUCAUGUGGGAGCCCACUUGUUAGAGAGGAUAUCUUGUUCCUUAGCCAGAGUGAUCUGAAGGAGCAGGCCGUGCCUAGUGUAGAGACAGAGUUUAGAAACUCUGAAGACCAAAAGGAAGAGUUUAGUCUUGAUUUUGAGAUGGUUCCCAAACCUCAGUCUGCCAUGUCUUUCUCCAUGGAGAAUUCUGUGGUGAAUAUGAAUGAAGCAGAUGAAGACUCUGAUCCAUUUGAAUUUAUUGAGGAAUAAAUCUCUUUAUAUAUAAAGUUUUCUGGACAGAAUGUGAUAUUUGAGGUGCUGACAAAUUGUUAUAGUUCUUUAACUGCUGUUCUGUUUUAAUGUUGUACAAAAAAGUUCUUUUAUAAUCAUUAGAACUGGUCUUAAGCAAACAUCUGUGAUACUUGUUGAUGGUUUUCAAAUUUAUUGUUCAUGUUGAUUAAAUUGGAUGCAAUUUUACAAAA